AUGGAAACCAUUUCUCAGAUGGCUACUACAGCCGCCAAGUAUGCCUUUGGCGACCCCGCCACCCACGAAGAGCCCGUCUCCGGCUCCCAAGGCGACGUCACCAAAGGUGAGCCCUACGACGCCGGCAACCUAGAACCCAGGGAACAGCAGGAACGCUUCGGCCAGAAUCUCGGCGCCGGCGGCGAGUCCGGCGCCGACAAGCGCGAAAACACCGGCCGCAUCACCACGGCUACCAAUGCCACCGACGACGCCGGCUUCACCCGUCCCCAGCACGACAUGUCCGCACCGGGUCCGGGCACCUCCUCCGAGGGCACCUCUAGCGGCGGCGGCAUCACCACCUCGACGAACCGCACCACCGAUAGCGGCUUCACCUCGCCCGGCCUGGACAUGGGCCGCGGCGGCCGCGACGCCGCCGCCUCCUCUGGUAGCCUACACAGCAGCAGCAGCAACAAUGCCCGGGGCGGUUCUUCUUCUUCUUCCAGCCAGGGCCUCGACCGCACCGGCAACAUUGACAGCAAGAGCAAGCCCUCGGAAAAGCCCUCCGCCGCCCAAGGCGACGACAACGAGGGCGUUGACGUGUCCGGGCCCAGCCCCCGGGACCUCUCCACCGUCGCGCGCGAAAAUGGCGGCGACGCCGGCCGCCACGCCGACACGAGCGCCUCGGACCCCAAGCAGCAGCAGCAGCAGCAGCAGCAGCAGCAGCAGCAGCAGCAGCAGCAGCAGCAGAAGCAGCCGGGGGACCUCCCCGGGGACCAGAGCCAGGAAAAGGGCACCGGCGAGAUGUACGUCCGGUCGAGCGGGCUGCAGGCCGACGGGGGCGACUUUGACGCCACCAAGCCCGGCGCCGGGCGCGAGGCGGACCGCCUGAUGGAGGAGAAGGGCAUUGUGGCGGGCGGCGGCAAGGACGGCAAGGACGGCAAGCAGCAGCACCAUAAGACUGGGAGCGGCGGGAGCGAAGGCAAGGAGAAGCACGGCCUGGUGGAGAAGAUCAAGGAGAAGCUGCACAAGCACUAG